GUCGACACCAACAAUGACGGCUACAUCUGCGUGUGGGAGCUGGAGGACUUCAUCAACUCCUCCAACGAGGAGGCAAAUAUCGUACCGAGGCACGUGGUCAAGAAAAUCCACAAGAUGGCCGAUGAUAACGGCGACAAGAAGUUAGACUACAGGGAAUUCGUGAACAUGCUGGAACACCCUGAUCUGCAACACCUUUUUGGGCAAUACGUAACGAGUUACGUAAACUUCAUAGUCCCGCGUCAAAAGCGAGCCGCUGUGUAUGGAGUUGAGGACCGACAACUCAUCGACGAGUACACGUGCUGUCCUCCUCCGGUUUUCAUGUUCUUGAUCUCCAUCCUGGAGGUGGCGUUUCACCUGACCGACGAGAUCACCGAGAAGAAUUCCACCUUGAGCGGAUCGGGGGUGACCGCCCAGAUCUUCAUCUACGACCCCCAGAGGCGGCACGAGGUCUGGAGGUACCUCACUUACAUGUUCGUCCACAUAGGGUACACUCACCUCCUGGUAAAUUUAGCCGUGCAGCUGGUGCUGGGGGUCCCCCUGGAGAUGGUCCACAAGGGGUGGAGGGUGCUGGUGGUGUACUUCGCCGGCGUGCUAGCGGGAUCCCUCGCAAACUCCAUAACCGACCCCAGAUGUCGCCUGGCCGGGGCCAGCGGCGGCGUAUACGCUCUUCUAACGGCUCACAUAGCCUGCGCCAUUAUGAACUGGAGCGAGAUGAUGUUCCCCUACGUCCAGAUCACCGUCUACAUCGUGAUCGUGGCGUGCGACUUGGGCCAGUCCAUCUACGACAGGUACUUCUUGAAGGUUCAGAGUCCCGUGGGUAUAGCGGCUCACCUGGGGGGCGCCAUCGCGGGUCUACUGGUGGGGAUCUACAUCCUGAGGAACCUGCAGCAGACCAAGACCGAGAAGUAUAUUUGGUGGGUGGCCCUGGUCCUUUAUAUACUCCUGAUGGGCGCGGCCAUCGUUAUAAACAUAGCUUGGCCUGGGUAUUUCGCUGGGGCGUUUUAAUUUGAAAAUGUAUUGAUUUUUUUUUUUGUUAAGUAUUCGUUUAACAUGACAAAGAUACGGUUGAUACUGUCUACUGGGAGGUUGCGACAAACUUUUGGGGCUGAUUGCUCAUUACAAACAAAUAAAAAGCUUUCUUGGAAGUUUGUCGCAUCGUCAUUGUUACAUCUUGUAUAAACCGUCACCACAGUAUGAUACAAAUUAGUAAGGACCUACAUUUAUUUCAUAAAUAUUGUUUCAAUUCAAUCAAUGUUUAUCUUGAUGAAGUCAGCCAUAUUGAAAAGGAGUAGAUUCUUCUUUGUCCUGUGGGUCUGUGAACAUGGCGGGGUUUUCAAAUUUCUUGGAAGAAAUUGUUUCUUUCACUUAGUCCCGGGACUGUGAGUCUCGGUUGAGACUUGAUUAACUAAUAAGGUGAUUAGACUGAAUUGAUAAAAUAAAUCAGUAUACCUAUGUACAGUCUAAUCAUGUGAUUACUUAACCAAAGUUUAUCCGAGACUCAAAGUACCAGACUUCACUUAUAAAAAACACCAGGAAACAAAAAAUAUGGUGAUACAGGAAAAGAAAAUCUAAGAAAGACAGUAUAUUUUUCCUGUGGCGCAUAAAUGGCGAAGUUAACCUAAAAAAUUUUUAAACCUG